CAGCUUUAGUUUGCCUACCGAGUCUCAAAAUUCUCCAUCUUGAUAGUGUCCAAUUUUCAAAUGAUGUCUCAAUCAAGAGGCUCCUCCUUGGUUGUCCUGUGCUUGAUGAACUGAGUAUGAAUGAAUGCGUUGGAAAAGAUGUACGUGUUAUUCUCAUUUCUGCACCAGUGCUCACAAAGUUGAGAUAUCAUAACGAAAAGGAAAAAUAUUCUUUGCAUAAUGACUUUCUGGAAACUGCUGAUGUUUCUGAGCACAAGAUUGUGAUUGAUACCCCAGCUCUUCUACACCUGGAGCUGAUUGAUGAUGAAGCAGUGGUUUAUUUAGGAAAGAACCUAAGUCAUAUCAUUAAAGUUGAUAUUAGUAUUGCAGUGUUAUACGAUGAAACUCAUUCUAAAUGUAUAACUGAUCUUCUCAUGGGAAUAUCUGAAGUCCAAUCUCUACACUUGUAUAAUGAUUGCCGAGAGGCUGUUCACCGGAUUGAUUCUGAGCUGCCAAUUUUUCGUAAUUUGACUUCCUUGGUACUUGGUGCGGGCUAUGUUGGAUGGGAAUUGUUGUCACAAUUGCUGGUGAAAUCGCCGUGUCUGGAAAGUCUUGUUUUCGAAGAGGGGUAUCAUAUUGAACAUGGUGAAGAUGAAUAUGAUGAGGAAGACGACAGUGGGGGAGAUGAUAAGCCCUUGCUCUGGCAUGAUUGGCAUCCACCUCAGAAUGUUCCUUCUUGUUUACCCUCGAACCUCAAGCUGGUUAAGUUUUUGAAAUUUCGAGGGGGUGAUGGGGAUCUGCAAAUGGUGGCGUAUUUUCUGAAGAAUGCUGAAGUUUUGGAGAAAUUGAUAAUAGACUGCGAAAGUUAUGGCGAAGAAUUUGAUGUUCCAGAAGACCAGUUGAAGAUUACCGCAAAACUUUUAAUGCUACCAAGGGCUUCAAGGACUUGUCAGAUUGAAUUUGUUACUCCUAUUUUGCGUCAUGAUGAGUCCGAUUAAUUAGGCCCAUUGUCAUCGGAAGUACUACGUAGUUUUUAAUUCCUAGCAGUUUGAACUUGUGUUACAUUGUUGGUAGUCAUAUACAUCGCUCGGAUAUGUCUGUUAUUUGGUGUAAAAAAUGCUGGAAUCACCCACAUUUGCACACACAAGUGCACAGACACACUCAGAAGGUGUGUGGAAGCUACUUGGU